UUACGCGAAGAGUGAAGCCGGUUUGGGUUAGUGCCGCUUUCGGAAGGGACCAUGUUAGCAAAAGUCCGUAUGGUGCAUUUCCGGUUGCAGUUGGCAAGCUUUGGAAGACUUCAGAUUGUCGAGACACGAGGGAGAGAAGUACAGACGCAUGAUAUACAUUUGACUUGCCAACUGACCUAGACAGAGCACGUUGCACAAGAAGACAUCGCGUCCAUCAUGGUGCCCCCCAAGCACAGGUGGAGCUACACUACCUACAUUCAACACUGUGCCCCACUGUGAGUCACAAUGGUCCACUGUGAGUCACAAUGGUACUGAUGGGUCCGACACCUGGUGGCAGAUCACGCCCGAGGACAACCCGAAAUAACCUGACCUACAAACCUCAAGAACACACAGAGAAUACUGACCAAGGCUCUCCAGGAUUAUUGGACGCUUCCACAGGAUCGCAGGCAGGACCUGUUGCCAAAGGACACUACCACAAUGACACCAUGAACUUUGAGAGGCCUGAUGUCGGUAAAGACUCCGAGGAUCAAGUUGUGAUUCUGGAUGACACCAGCAUAGCUUCCAUCCACAAGAUUGGGAAAUGUGAUGCCAUGUAUAUAUAUGCUGCAGGAGAAAGUUCAUCACAUGAAACAGUGGUAGUGAAUGAUGAUCUUGAGAGGGGGUGUCGGGGAACUCUGAGUAAUGGGUUGGUCGGUCAGGGUGACGAUGUUCAGACAGGUACUGAAUGUAAGACUGGUAGAGUUGUCAAGGAUGCGGGGUUGAAGGAUCCGGGGGAUGAAAGUCAAACCUUCAGCUACCUGUUUGAUGGAGCUGAUCACAGUCUUUUUGACAUCUCUUUGCCUUCUGGAGGACUCCCCAGGACAGUUGGUGGUGCAAGGGACAUGGUGGUGGAUGCUGUCAAGACCACAGCAGGAACAGCUGUAGGGAAUCGAUCAGUGGGUGGUGUCAGGCAGAGAAUUGUCUGCAGUGACCAUUUGGUGGUUGGUGAAGGAAGGAAGGAUGUUGGGAUAGUUAAUGUUGAUACUGACAGUGUUGGACCAGUGUCUGGGGGUGACAGGUCAAUACGACUUGAAGGAGAGGACCUCAGAAAUCCUUGUGUUCUGGGGAAGAGUGUUGGACCAGGGUCUUCAGAUGGGAGGCCACCAGAACUUGCUAGAACAGACCUCAGAAAUUCCCAUGUUCUUGAGGACAGUGUUAAACCAGGGUCUGCAGAUGGGAAGCCAAUACAAUUUAUCAAGCAGGAUAGUCAAUAUAUGUUGAAGGACACUGUAGAUGAAAUAGAUAAAAUCACCACACAAAAUAAUAAUAAUGUCGAAAGAAACCCUACCAGUUCUCAGGUGACUUGUGACAACAUGGUUUUGGACCUUUCCACGGCAUCCCAGGAUGACAGCGAUGGGGAGGAUGUUCUUCAAGAGCUAUCAUCUGCUCCUUGUAAGAUAAUUGCCACCAUGGACACCAACGUCCCUGAUGAAAACGAUUCUGAGAGAACAAAAAAUAACAUUACAAUUCUCCGCCUUUCAUCUUCCAGAACAUCACAGGACCAUCCAAAUAAAUCACAUGUCCCAAGUGCAGAGUCCUUGGAAACAGGUCAAGGUCAAGAUAUGACCUUGUCUCAUGACAGUGACCUUAGUCAAGAAAUAGAAACUCGUUCCAGAAGGACUGAUGACAUAAGUGCUAAGGUGUGUAGUGAGAAUCCAUCUGAAAGUGGUGUUUUCAUGUCUGUUGUCAUCAAAACAGAGCCUGACUCUUCUGUCCCGGACAUGCCGUACUUCGAAAUGGAAGUCCCAUCCCGACCGUUGUCCGACAGAGGAAGGAGGAAGCUGACAGAGGCAGACAGGGACUCCCCACUGCCUGCAAAGCGACUGAAGAAGAAUUCGAAAUCCCAUGGUAAUCAAAUGGCGACCAAAUCAGCUUCUAUUUCCUAUUCAUGCAAGGUUUGUGAAAAAUCUUUUUCUAAGGAAACAAAACUGACUGUUCAUCUGAAGCUCCACCGCCAAAAUGAUGACCUUCAGUGUGUGACGUGCAGUAGGAAAUUUAAAACAGUGGGACGAUUCAAAUCUCAUGAGUGCAAAAGCAGUGUUUACUUUGAAUGUGGAAUCUGUGAACAAGUUUUUACCGAGAGGGACAAGCUAAAACAUCAUGUAGAAAACCAUCGCAAACAACCCGAGGUGAUCAACUUUGAAUGUGGCAUCUGUGAACUGGCCUUCACUGAAGCCACCAGUUUGAACGUUCACUUACAGACCCAUGAAGAUAGGAAACGGUUUCAGUGCAAGCUGUGCGAGAAGACGUUCAAGAGCUCCAAAUGUUUGGUCAAUCAUAGAAAGAAGAAGCAUGGCAAGACUUAUAAAUGUAAUAUUUGCUCAAAGCAGUUUGGGAAACAAACAAGCCUUGAUGCACAUGCUACAAUGCACACAAAGAGACAAAGGUUUGGAUGUAAGAAAUGCCAAAAAAGGUUUUCAAAGUUGAUAGAUUUGAGGAUCCAUUUGAAGACGCAUAAGCGAUGGAAGUGUAAAACUUGUGAUGAAAUUUUUGAAACCAGCACAGAACUGGUUGAGCAUAAGGUUGAUCAUGAGACAAUGUAUGAGUGUGCGAACUGCGAAUUUACCUGUAGCUCUGAGGCUGUGAUAAAAACACACAUGAUCUCCCAUGAAGAAACAAGAUCCUUUCCUUGCGCGGAAUGUGACAAGAGCUACAAGUCCUUAAAAUGGUUGCAGAAUCAUUGUAAAAAGAGUCAUGGAAAACACUACAAGUGUGAUGUUUGUUCUGAGGAGUUUGAGGAAGCAACAAGUCUCUCUAGUCAUUCUCUACUACACUACAGUGAAGACAAUUUUAAGUGCGAGGCGUGUGGACUGAGGUUUCAUAAUAAUAAAGAAAUGAUGCAGCAUGUGAAGAUUCAUAAAAAAUGGAAAUGUCGAAGAUGUGACAUUGAAUAUGAGACACAAGAAGAACUGAAGAUUCAUCGGGAUCGACAUAAGAGACCAUUUCGUUGUGUUGCGUGUGAUUUUGCAAGUAAGACUGCAAGUGAGUUGAAGAACCACAUGCUAAGUCACGACGACAUUCAUGAAUUCACGUGUAAAAUAUGCGAUGAAACGUUCACGACAGCGACAGCUUUGUACAGCCAUCAACUCACUCACAUCAAUCUUAAGAAAUAUACAUGCGAGUACUGUGGGUCAGGGUUCACGCACCGCUCAACAUUAAUUAUACAUAAAAGAGUCCAUACGGGCGAGAGACCGUAUCCUUGCACCAUGUGUGAUAAGGCCUUCAUUGAAAAAAGUGCACUGAGAUCUCACAUGAUCUCCCACAGCUCGGAGAGAAAACAUAAGUGUGAACAGUGCGGGAAAACUUUCCCCCAUAAGUGCAGUUUGGUGAGACAUUGGAGAAUUCACAACGAAGAAAAGCCUUUUCAGUGUGAGCAAUGCAAGAAGACCUUUGGACAGUCCACUCAGCUGAAGAGACACAAGCGGACUCACACCGGUGAAAAGCCAUUCAAGUGUGAGGAUUGCGGGCUCCGAUUUGGAUAUAUAGAAACACUACGCUCUCAUAGAAGGAUUCAUAAUGAUAUCACAAUAUACUGUAAGCUGUGUGACAAGUCCUUCUCGACGACGGUUCAUUUGAAAAGGCACAUGAAAACCCACACUGGUGAGGUGGACUUCGUGUGUGACAUGUGUGGGGAGGGGUUUACCAGGAAGGACUACUUUAUGAAACAUUUCAAGUCUCAUGAAAAGAAAUCUGAGAAUGCAAAAGCCAGCAAGGUGCAUAGUUAGCUUUUCGACAGGCACAUGAGGUUUGUGAAUUACAAAGCUGAAGGCAUUAUGUGUCAACCGGAAGAAAAGAUGUAAAAGGUGGAAUUUGAUUUAAAUGGAGCAUUCCAUGCACCUGACAUUGAUUUGAUAUGAUUGACUCGAAUCUCUAGAAACAAUUUGAUUUUGACAAGGGGGUUGUCAGACCAUUUGGUCAAUCUGCCUAUGUGAACCCUAUUUCGACAAAAAAAGUUCUGCAAUUAACAUGAGCAUGGAAGGUUACAUGAUAGUUUUUAUCCCUAAUGUUCAGUGUUUAGUCAUGUAAGGGACAUAUAAUAAAUGACCAGUCUCUAAGCAACAUUUCCAGAUGUAGCUCCUCCAUAUAUAUAUAUAUAUAUUAAUGUAAAAAGUGACGCACAUCUGGCAUGUUGGCACCCUAAUAUUUGAACCUUGGUCUGAUGUUUAUCAUCUGUUGGUUUUUCUCAAUGUUAAAUUUGAUCAUGUUUAUAUUAUUAAGGAUUUAUAUAGGUGUUCUAAUCGGUCAGUAUUCAGCUCCGGACUUACAAACAAUUUAUUUAAGUUUGAAAAUGGUGAUUUACCGCAUCAAUAAAGUGAAAAGGACUUAAAUAGUAACUUUUACAUUACUGCAUUGAACGAAAUGUCAAAUAAAGAUUUUUAUAAGAAG